AGACAUGUGAUGGAGAAAAUAGCCGCUACCAACCCUCCUUCAUAGUUGUUACAAAACAGAAAGUGAAAGAGGCAGAGAAAUGGGUAGCAAUUCGUGCCUAAAUUUUGCCAUUACUCACCACUGCGUUUACCUCUCUCCGUCUUUUUCACCAAAUUCAAAACUCCAUAACCCUAACCCUAACCAUAACCAAUUUCUCCUUUCUCGCUCUUCUUUUAUACCCAUUGCUACCUCUUCCUUCGCUCUCCAUUCUAAUCAUACCCUAUCUCACCCCCGUUCUAAGAAGCUCCCAUUACGCAACGCCCCCAAUUUCUACGUUGCGGCAUCGGCUAAGGCAGUGCCGUUGAAAGUGAUGAUAUCAGGGGCUCCUGCAUCUGGUAAAGGUACACAAUGUGAGCUCAUCACCCAAAAAUAUGGUUUGGUGCAUAUUGCUGCUGGAGAUUUACUGAGAGUAGAAGUUGCUGCAGCUAGUGAAAAUGGAAAGCGAGCAAAGGAAUACAUGGAGAAAGGAGAGUUAGUUCCUGAUGAAAUAGUUGUUAUGAUGGUCAAGGAGCGUCUAUUGCAACCAGAUUCUCAAGAAAAGGGAUGGCUUUUAGAUGGAUAUCCUAGGAGCUCAUCACAAGCUGCUGCUCUUGAGGAUUUUGGGAUCCAUCCUGAUAUUUUCAUUUUGUUGGAAGUUCCUGAGGACAACCUUGUUGAGAGAGUGGUUGGACGAAGGUUAGAUCCUCUUACAGGGAAGAUAUACCACUUGAAAUAUUCACCUCCGGAGAGCGAAGAAAUUGCUUCCAGGCUUACUCAACGUUUUGAUGAUACUGAAGAAAGGGUGAAGUUGCGGCUACACACACAUCAUCAAAAUGUGGAAGCUGUACUCUCUACAUAUAAAGAUAUCACAGUCAAGGUUAAUGGAAAUGUGGCCAAGGAAAAUGUGUUUGCACAAAUUGAUGCUGCUCUUACAGAACUACUUGAGCAAAGAGAGGUGAAUUCUGGAUCUCUAACUGCGUAAACCAAGAGUAAGAUUAAAAGGUUGUUGGUGAUUUCCAUGAGCUAGCAUAUUAAAAUAACACCCUUAUACCCAAUUGUAUUUCUUGGACUCGUGUAAUAGAGUAUCAAUGGCCCUUUAUUUUUAGGUAAGAUUUAAGAGUUCCUUACUCAGUUUGAGGUUGAUGGAGUUAAUUUAUAUUUAAAUAAGUUUUACUCUAAAUCAUUUCUUUAUUUAAAAUAAAGAUUUAUUU